UCCUCUCUCCACUCUUCACUCUCUUUAUUUCUUAUAUAUCUUGUACAUAUAAACAAUCUUUUAAUCCUCGCAUUCAAAUAGAAAAAAAAAAAAACACGUCAAGGAAAGUAAAUAAAAAUGUCCGAAGGAGAAAAUACCCUGUACCCCGUCCCUGCCAGACUCCACGAUGCAUCCCAAUGCCCUGAGCCCUAUGUCAAGUCUGUAGAGCAGUACAAGGAGAUGCACCGCGAGAGUAUUGAGAAUCCUGAAAAGUUCUUUGGAAAGCUGGCCAAUGAGCUCCUCACGUGGUCAAAGCCCUUCACCACCGUCAAGCAUGGUGGACUUGAACAUGGUGAUGCCGCCUGGUUCCUUGAUGGUCAAUUGAACGCCUCCUACAACUGUGUUGAUCGUCAUGCUUUUGCUGAUCCAAACAGAGUUGCCAUUAUUUAUGAGGCUGAUGAACCCAACCAAUCCGAGAAUAUCACCUAUGGUGCACUUCUUCGCGAUGUCUCACAGCUCGCUGGUGUUCUCCGUGCCCGUGGCAUCAAGAAGGGAGACACUGUAGCCAUCUACAUGCCUAUGAUUCCCGAGGCCGUUAUCGCUUUCUUGGCCUGUGCCCGUAUCGGUGCUCUUCACUCUGUCAUUUUCGCCGGUUUCUCUGCUGAGGCUCUCCGCGACCGUGUCCAAGAUGCCGGCUGCCGCUUGGUCCUGACUGCGGAUCAGGGUAAACGUGGAGGCAAGACCAUCGAGACCAAGCGCAUUGUCGAUGAGGCCCUCAAGGCCUGCCCUUCAGUUGAGACCGUCAUUGUCUGCCAACGUACUGGUGCUGAUGUCCCCAUGACCCCUGGUCGUGACUAUUGGUGGAACGAGGAAACCUCCAAGCGCAUGACUUACCUUACCCCAGAGCCCAUGAGCUCUGAGGAUCCUUUAUUCCUUCUCUAUACCUCCGGUUCGACCGGUCAGCCCAAGGGUGUCUUGCAUACCACCGCUGGCUAUCUCUUGGGGGCCGCUGCCACUGUCAAGUAUGUUUUUGACUACCAUCCUAAUGACAUCUUUGCCUGCAUGGCUGAUGUCGGCUGGAUUACUGGUCACUCUUACAUUGUGUAUGGACCCCUGGCCUUGGGCGCAACCACAGUCUUGUUCGAGUCGAUCCCAACAUACCCUACCCCUGCUCGCUACUGGGAAUUGAUCGCUAAGCACAAGGUCACUCAGUUCUACACUGCCCCUACAGCCAUUCGUGCCCUCCGCCGCCUUGGUGAUGAAUGGGUCGAGGGACAUGAUCUCUCCAGCCUCCGUGUCCUCGGCACCGUUGGAGAGCCUAUCAACCCAGAGGCCUGGCACUGGUACAAUGACAAGGUCGGUAAAGGACGCUGCGCCAUUGUGGACACCUACUGGCAGACCGAGACUGGUUCACACAUUGUCACACCACUCCCCGGAGCUAUCCCCACCAAGCCUGGUUCCGCCACUGUUCCUUUCUUUGGUAUUGAUCUCGCAAUCUUGGAUCCAGUCACUGGCAAGGAGCUUGUCGGCAAUGAUGUCACAGGAGUGUUGGCUGUCAAGAAAGCCUGGCCCUCAAUGGCUCGCACAGUCUACGGCAACCACCAACGUUACUUGGAGACUUACUUGAAGCCCUACCAUGGUUUUUACUUUACAGGUGAUGGUGCCUCCCGUGAUGGCGAUGGAUACAUCUGGAUUCGUGGUCGUGUAGAUGAUGUGAUCAACGUUUCAGGACAUCGUUUGUCAACUGCUGAGAUUGAAUCUGCAUUGAUCAUGCAUCACUCCGUUGCAGAGACAGCCGUCAUUGGCGCUCCGGAUGAUGUCACCGGCCAGUGUAUUCAUGCCUUUGUCUGCUUGAAGCCCGGUAUCUCUCAACACUCCACUGAUCUCACCAAGGAGCUGAUUCUUCAGGUCCGCAAGGUCAUCGGACCAUUUGCUGCUCCCAAGAAGAUCUACUUGGUUGAGGAUCUGCCAAAGACUCGUUCUGGCAAGUUGAUGCGCCGUAUUCUGCGCAAGAUCAUUGCUGGUGAAGCUGAUUCAUUAGGCGACAUCUCCACUUUGGCUGAUCCUAGCGUCGUUGAAGUUUUGAUCGCCAAGGUUGCCAAGGCUUAA